AAAGAUGUGGGCUGCCUGCAGCAGUGGCUGGAGGCGUUUGUGGCUUCCUUUGAGAAGCUUGUUGAUGUGCAGUCACUGGAGCCUCGCAGGUGAGUUGACUGAUUGGCUCAAAUGUAUUUCAUACGUCCAAAAUUGCAAUCUAUUCCCUAUAUAGUGCACUACUUUUGACCAGAUCCUAGAUCUGUAACAAGGAGAAAAUUCAGGGCUCUGGUCACACAUAGGGUACCUUGUCUGAUACCUUGUCAUCUAAAAGGCUUAAAAGAGGAACUGAGCAAUUCAAUAGUUAUAAAAGUACUUCAUUUAUUUUAAAAACUGAAAACGUAGAAAGUAAAGCACAUGGCUCUUCCACAUAGUCAGGAAACACCUUCCAGAAAACACAGGCCCUGAUUACACAUUGCAGGUACCUGUGCCAAUUAGCCACUCCCACCAAUUGGGCAAUAUAAUGAACAAUGCAUUACAACGGGAAAUGUUUGGAGAUGCAGGUUAUAGAUUAAAUGGAUGAGUUGAAAUAGAAAAUAAAUAACAUUACUUCAGAGUAAUCUACAGUUUCAAAAUGUCAAUAAAAAAAGAGUAAUUUAGUCCAUAGUAAAGGGCUCUCCUUCACAGGGUGUCAUUUGGGAAACAUUUUGAAAGUAACAUUGAAAGUCACAUUGUAGUCUGCACAUCACAUUAUAGAAAGCAUUAUUAGUGUGCAGGCAGGAUGUUUCUUUAAUUCAAUCAAGAUGUUACCAAAUCCCUGCUGAGGGAGAGAUACUGUAGGUACUGCAGGCUACAGGUGGUUUGUGUCAGACUGAGUUGGAUGAACUCUGACCUUAUUACUAUACAGAGGUGCAAUUUUGACAUGCAUAAGUAGUAAAACACCACCAUCCCCCCCUCCCUCUUCUCUCCCUCCCCCCUGUCUCAAUACAUACUGCUGUGCUUCACAGACUAGUCAAACACCCAAACAUCUUUGUGUUCACAAUGCUGUCCCAGUGUGCCUUGGAUUUCCACAUCUAUUAAUGACAUCACAGUAUACUGGCUGUUGGUUCACAGACAGCCUGUCAAAACACCAACCAUCAAUGUGUGGCUCACAGACAGCCUGUCAAAACACCAACCAUCAUUGUGUGGUUCACAGACAGCCUGUCAAAACACCAACCAUCAAUGUGUGGCUCACAGACAGCCUGUCAAAACACCAACCAUCAAUGUGUGGCUCACAGACAGCCUGUCAAAACACCAACCAUCAUUGUGUGGUUCACAGACAGCCUGUCAAAACACCAACCAUCAAUGUGUGGUUUACAGACAGCCUGUCAAAACACCAACCAUCAUUGUGUGGUUCACAGACAGCCUGUCAAAACACCAACCAUCAAUGUGUGGCUCACAGACAGCCUGUCAAAACACCAACCAUCAAUGUGUGGCUCACAGACAGCCUGUCAAAACACCAACCAUCAUUGUGUGGUUCACAGACAGCCUGUCAAAACACCAACCAUCAUUGUGUGGUUCACAGACAGCCUGUCAAAACACCAACCAUCAAUGUGUGGUUUACAGACAGCCUGUCAAAACGCCAACAAUCAAUGUGUCGUUGGUUCACAGACAGCCUGUCAAAACACCAACCAUCAAUGUGUCGUUGGUUUACAGACAGCCUGCAGGACAGCCAGCAGAUCCCAGAGGUCCUCACUCUCCGAUUGGUCCAUCUCCAAGGGGCCGUCAUCAGUGGCAGCAAGGUAAAGCACUCCUACUGUACCUCUCUUCAGCACUGUGUGUUAACUCCUAUGUAUCUCCUACUGUACCUCUCUUCAGCACUGUGUGUGUGACUCCUAUGUAUCUCCUACUGUACCUCUCUUCAGCACUGUGUGUGUGUUAACUCCUAUGUAUCUCCUACUGUACCUCUCUUCAGCACGUGUGUGUGUUAACUCCUAUGUAUCUCCUACUGUACCUCUCUUCAGCACUGUGUGUGUGUUAACUCCUAUGUACUGUAUCUAUGCGUUCCAGAAGAACGGCCUGCUCUCCAUCACCCCCCAGUCUGUGGAGGACCUUCUCUCUGUACUCCGAGCCUGGUGCCUCCGGACCUCCUCCGACCUCAAGGACCCCAAAGACCCCAGGCUGCUACGGCUGACCCUGCAGUGCCUGACUGCAAUGGUGCAUAUCCUCCACUCCAGUAGUCCUGCAGAGCGCCUGCUGGAGAUCAGGACCGUGUUGGAUGGCUACUUCCAGGUAGCAGCAGCAGCAGUAGUAGUAGUAGUAGUAGUAGUAGUAGUAGUAGUAGUAGUAGUAGUAGUAGUAGUAGUAGAGUAGUAGUAGCAUUAGCAGUAGCAGUAGUAGUAGUAGUAGUAGUAGCAGUACAGUGCAGUAGUAGUAUGAGUAGCAGCAGUAGUAGCAGUAGUAGUAGUAGUAGUAGUCGUGGUAGUAGUAGUAGUAGUAGUGGUGGUGGUAGUAGUAGUAGCAGUAGCAGUUGGAUAAGUUGUAGCAGCAGUAGUAGUAGCUUGGUAUUGGUGGGACAGCUGUAGUAGUAGUAGAAGUAGCAAUAGGAGAAGUAGUAGCAGAAUCAGCAGUAGCAGUAGCAGUAGUAGUAGUAGUAGUAGUAGUAGUAGUAGUAGUAGUAGUAAUAUGUAGCUGUAAGCGUCUGCUCUUUUCUAUCCAUUGCUUUAAGGUUGGUUUGGUGGAGGGGUAGGAGUGUGGUUGGCACAGCGUUUGUGUUUAAUAGAGGUAUGCAAUUGUUUCUGAUACUUCCAGGUCCUGAACUGGAACCGGCCUCCAGGGUUAGGGAAUGAGCAGGAGGACGGGCAAGACUGGGAGGACCACCUCAUCACCCUCCAGAGUCACAUGCUGAGUAAGAGGCCUCAUCAUCCCAAAUACACUCCCCAAAUAUUAGUCUGGUCCACUAAUGUUUGAGCCAUCAUGCCCAUAUGGAAAAUAAUCAUGGAAAACAAAUAAGAAUAUUGUAUGGCAGAAGAAGAUUAUUUGUACAAAAAUCUAAUGUGAUCUAAUAAGUAAUCUAAUAAGUAACUGGUAAGAUUUAGUAUGUUUUGCCUUAUGCACUAUAUAUACAGCAGUAUGUGGACACCCCUUCAAAUUAGUGGAUUCGGCUAUUUCAGCCACACUCGUUGCUGACAGGUGUAUAAAAUCAAGCACACAGCCAUGCAAUCUCCAUAGACAAACAUCUACAAUAUAAUUGUAUGCUGUAGCGUUAAGAUUUCCCUUCACUGGAACUAAGGGGCCUAGCCCGAACCAUGAAAAACAGCCCCAGACCAUUAUUCCUCCUCCACCAAACUUUAAAGUUGGCACUAUGCAUUGGGGCAAGUAGCGUUCUCCUGGCAUCCACCAAACCCAGAUUAGUCUGUUGGACUGCCAGAUGGUGAAGCGUGAUUCAUCACUCUAGAGAACUAGUUACCACUGCUCCAGAGUCCAAUGGUGGCAAGCUUUACACCACUCCAGCCGACGCUUGGCAUUGCACAUGGUGAACUUAGGCUAGUGUGCGGCUGCUCCGCCAUGGAAACCCAUUCCAUGAAGCUCUUGAUUAACAGUUCUUGUGCUGACGUUGCUUCCAGAGGCAGUUUGGAACUCGGUAGUGAGGACAGACGAUUUUUACGCAAUAAGCACUUCAGCGCUCAGCUGUCCCGUUGUGUGAGCUUAUGUGGCCUACCAUUUCGCGGCUGAGCCGUUGUUGUUCCUAAACGUUUCCACUUCACAAUAACAGCACUUACAGUAGACCGGGGCAGCUCUAGCAUGGCAGAAAUUUGACGAACUGACUUGUUGGAACGGUGGCAUCCUAUGACGGUGCCACGUUGAAAGUCACUGAGCUCUUCAGUAAGGCCAUUCUACUGCCAAUAUUUGUCUAUGGAGAUUGCAUGGCUGUGUGCUCGAUUUUAUACACCUGUCAGCAGCAGGUGUGGCUGAAAUAGCCGAAUCCACUAAUUUGAAGAGGUGUCCACAUACUUUUGUGUAUAUGUCUUAUAUGACAUAAACAAUUCAGUACGAUUGGUGAAUUUCCUACGUAGAUAUGGGAUGACAUAUUUGAGGCCAAAUAUAUAAAUUAUAAGAGUGAUAUAUGAAUAUUAUAAGAAAAGUGUAUGUUCUGACAAUGUAACCGCUACAAAAUAAAUGCUUUCCUUUUAUAGGUUUCACAUUGUUUUUAUAAGUCAACAUACGUAUAAAAAACAUACGUAUAAAAAACCAUGACAGUUACUACCAUUUUGUAUAUACAUUUUCAGGUAUGAGUUUCCCUGUUUAAGGCUGGGCAACACCUCCUACUGGACAGUUGAUCUAUCUACAGCUAUGCCUUUGGUCUCCCGUCCAGGGUUUUAACCAAGCCCAGAUUAGCUUUAAUAUUUGUCACUGACUACUACCGAUGUGCUAUCAUGAGAUUGUUGAGGGAUCGCCACUUAAUAACAAAAUAAAUUCACUGCUGUUAUCGAAGCCAUUCCCCCUCCUCCUCUCCCUCCUCCUUCUCCCCUCCUAAAUGUUUUAAUUUCCCUCUUUCUCCCCCUCCUCCUCUGCUCUCCUCCCUCCUUUCCUCCCCCUCUCCUCUCUUCCUCCUACUCCUUUCCUCCCCCUUCUUCUGCUAUCCCCCCUCUUCUCCUCCUCCUCCUGCUCACAGCAUACUUUUCUUAUUUCUUCAGUAAGAAUGACAGUGGCAUGACGUCAGACAGUGGCAUGACGUCAGACAGUGGCAUGACAUUGCUUUGAAAUGUGUAUGUGAGACCUCAGAAGGCUUAGCUGAUGUUUUUUAUAUAAUACAUGCAGCAUGUCUGUGUCUAAAUGUUACCCACCCAUAUAAGUCAGAUAUUACAAGAAUCUUCUAUACAUCUUGGAUGUGUAUUUGCUGCAAUAUGUAUUACUUCCAGGUAAAACAUACAGGAAUCUUGUUUAAGUCUUCUAUAUCUGUUCCAUACGGAGCUGACUUCAUUGGUGUCCUUCUCAAGCUAAACAUGGCAUGAUAAUGAGUGACACAGUGUUGGCAUGAUAGCAUCAACAGACUGGCACCCAGGCUACCUAAAGGAUGACAUUUGUCUUUACUCCUUCUCUACAAAACACCUUCAAAUUACAGCUCAAAACAUGAGACAUAUCUCUUUUAUAUGAAGGGUUUAUCUCUGAAGCCCAGGUAUGUAUUCUUGUUGUAAUUGUGACUAACAAGUUAUUGAUCAUGUUGUUGAUGAUGAGUCGUAUUGUCCUCAACAGCUUCGGUGCCUGAGAUCUUGCAGUGUUCAGACAGGCCGGUGCUGCAGGCCAUCUUCCUCAACAACAACUGCUUCGAACACAUCCUCCGACUCAUCCAGAACAGCAAGGUCUGUCUUUCUGUCUAUCCAUCCAUCCGUUUGUCUGUCAAAUGUCAGUUGUUAUAAAAGGUGUGUUUCCAUGCAUAUCCAGAACUAACUUAUGACAUUCAGUUCAUGCAGCAGGUGUGUUCUUCAUGCAGCAGGUGUGUUCUUCAUGCAGCAGGUGUGUUCUUCAUGCAGCAGGUGUGUUCUUCAUACAGCAGGUGUGUUCUUCCUGCAGCAGGUGUGUUCUUCCUGCAGCAGGUGUGUUCUUCAUGCAGCAGGUGUGUUCUUCAUACAGCAGGUGUGUUCUUCCUGCAGCAGGUGUGUUCUUCAUACAGCAGGUGUGUUCUUCCUGCAGCAGGUGUGUUCUUCAUACAGCAGGCGUGUUCUUCAUGCAGCAGGUGUGUUCUUCCUGCAGCAGGUGUGUUCUUCAUACAGCAGGUGUGUUCUUCCUGCAGCAGGUGUGUUCUUCCUGCAGCAGGUGUGUUCUUCCUGCAGCAGGUGUGUUCUUCCUGCAGCAGGUGUGUUCUUCCUACAGCAGGUGUGUUCUUCCUGCAGCAGGUGUGUUCUUCCUACAGCAGGUGUGUUCUUUAUACAGCAGGUGCUGCCACAAUGGAGAGCCAAACAUGGUCCUCUGUGAGUUGACAUUGUGUCUGUCUGUCCAUCUAUGUGUGUCCUGUCCUGCAGCUCUAUCAGAGUAGCAGGUGUAGGUCGGAGCGUGAGGGUGUGUGUGACCUCACCACACGUUUGCUCACAGAUACAGAGGUGGAAGUGGACCAGGUACUUUCCCUUCAUGAUGAUGUUGAAAUAUGUCUGACUGUCAGCAGAAAACUCAGCCUCUUCUCUCUCUCUCUCUCUUUCUGCUCUCUCCUCCCCCUCCCACCUCAUAGUCUAUAGCUACGUAGUAUAAUUGCACUACCUGCAUAAUUAAAAAAUGAGGUUGACUAUCCAGACUUCCUGUUAAAGACGCUUCCUGUUUAAGGAGCUCAGAGAGAUGGAGGGUGAUCUGUGUACUGGACUAGUAGCUCUCUCUUCUUCUUUUGGUUGACAAUUAGUUUAUAGUUUUUCUACAGAACUCAGUCUAGUUUAAACUCAGUGUCAAUAUACAUCUUCCCCCCUCCCCCUCCAAAAUCCACAUACAUUCAUUCUCACAGAGGGAUCCACAAACAAAACACUAAGGCAAAAAAAACGAUCCAAAACAAACUGACAUUCACUUACAGAACCACAACGGCCACUAUACAGAACAUUCUGUAAGAUGGUCCACAUAGGGUUUCUGUCAGAUUCUGUCAGAUAUGUCUGGUUUAUGUUUGAUUUUAUAAUAUAAAUAGUCUAAUGGUAUGUAGCUAGAUAGUUGAGUCCUCCAGUUUGUUACUGCGGUUGGAUAUGAGGCUCCCUCACUGUUCUUAUACCUCAUAUUCACUAAUAGAGGCUGAGUGUCCUGCUGUCAUCAGUAGGUCAGAUGUUGUGCACAUUGUGUGUGUGUGUGUGUGUGUGCAUGUGGGGUCAUCUCUCCAAGCAUGUAUCUCAUCACUGUUUCGAGGCUACUUUUGGGAUCUUCCUCCUCCUGCGUGUCCGGUGGUGUGGUAUCUUUCACGUCGUCUUGUGGUUGUAGAUGUGUAAAGGAAUCUUUGAUUUGGUGUAUUUUUUUAUUAUUUUUUGGGGUCAUUUAGCAGACGCUCUUAUCCAGAGCGACUUACAGGAGCAAUUAGGGUUAAGUGCCUUGCUCAAGGGCACAUCGACAGAUUUUUCACCUAGUCUGCUCGGGGAUUAGAACCAGCGACCUUUCGGUUACUGGCACAACGCUCUUACCCACUAAGCUACCUGCCGCCCUAGUUAGUGUAUCCUAUGCACCACUCAGGUAUUGUGUAACAAUGGGUUUUGCUUGUGUGUCACAUUCUUUUUUGGCAGAAGGCUUUUGCAAUCGUAUUAGUUGGGUUGGGUUCUGCAUGUCAGCACCUGUCAGUAAUUGACACAGUUGUUUUGGUAACUUCUGUCUUUUCCCUGUGUGUGUUUCAUGUAAAUAUGUCCCCUUGAGUUAGUUCUGUGGUGUCAUGUCUUAUUAUGUCCCCCUGACUGUGUAGGUUUUGGAGAAAGGUUCUGACUGCAUCACAGUCCAUGCCCUCGGAGUCCUCACAUCCAUCAUGAGUAACUCCCCUUCUGCCAAGGUAAGGAUUUAUAGACCUGGUAUGGCCUACUGGGUAUUGAACCCCAGUCAUCCACAGUCAUCCAUUAGCCCUCCCAGCUAAAACCUAGGGAUUAUUUCUGGGAGCUUACUCAAGUCUUCAGGUCUUAGGCUCUUCAUCACACAAGCAUAGUUCUAGCAUCAUCUUCCUCUGUCUGACACACAGACACACACACAUUUUAUCAGAACAGAAAAAGAGGCUGAUGAUGAUUGACUCUAUUUUCAUUCUUGUUUGGAUAGUCCCAUUGUCCUACUGUCUGUUGUGAGGCGGUGUGGCUGUUUGCCAGGGAGGCAGUUCUUUUAAUUCUAUCUCUGUCCCAAAUGGCACCCUAUUCCCUGUAUAGUGCAGUGUUUUUGACCAAGGCCCAUAGGGCUCUAUAUAGCGAAUAGGGUGCCAUUUGGGAGACAGCCUGUGUCUCUGUAGAUUACUAGCCUGUCUGUUUUUGUGUCUCCUUCCAGGAGGUUUUCAAGGAGAGGAUCGGCUACUCCCAGCUGUUUGAUGUGCUGAAGAGCCAGGGCCAGCCCACUAAACGCCUGCUGCAGGAGCUCAUGAACAUGGUGAGUACAACAACACUGUUAUCAUGAAGGCCAUUAGUCAUUUACUUUUCAUGUCUUUCUGUGGGUUAGAUAUAUUUAGACUUCCACAAAAGCCUCUCUCAUUCUCUCACUCUCUCUCCCCUCUCCUCCUCUUCUCUCCCCCCCUCUCCCUAUCCUCCCUCCCUCUCCCUCUCUCCACUAGGCGGUGGAAGGGGAACACGCCCACGCCCAUCACCUGGGUAUCAGUAACGACCAGCCCCUCCUCCUCCUCCUCCAGUGGUUGCCUGACCUGGCCCCCCAGAGGGACCUGCAGCUCCUGGUAGCCCAGUGGCUGACUGCGGUCUGCGGGAGCUCCCUGUCCUGCCGUACGGUGGCCGUGGAGGCUGGCCUGGUGGGGGCUGUGCUCCAUGUCCUCUCCCAGCCACAGAGACUGGACCGCCAGUGUGCAGACGCCCUCCUGGGGCUGUUACAGGACCUGGGGUCUCUCUGUCUGAGGCCUGCUGAGCUGAAGAGUCUGUUGAGGCUGCUCCGACCCCCCGACCAGGUAUUUGAUUUAAAAUUGAUGCUCUGUAAUGCUUUCAAUUUGUUUAAUAUACUGUACAGUGACCUCCGUAAUUAUGAAGCAUUUAAAAAAAUUAUUUUGGCUUUAUACUCCAAAUGUCAUAGCCCCCAAAAAUGCUAACCUCCCCUGUUAUUGUAAUUGUGAGAGCUUAGCAUGUCUUGGUGGUAUGAUAUUUGUGUGUCUGUAACUUUCUCACUCAUCAUUAUUCACAAUUCAUUCAGGAUUAUCCGUAAUCCUGGUAGCAUCCACAUUAAUGUAGAAGUGUUUAGAAACAUAUUAUAUUCUUAUUUACAAUAAUAAUGACUCCAAAAUGACACAACACAUUAUUUACCAUUAAUUUCUACUGGGCACAAAAUAAUCUGAAACACAACCAAAACAAACAGCAAAUGCAUCCAACAAAUGUGUAGUCACAAGCUUGAUAUAGUCAUUGUGUGCUAUGAAUAUGGGACCAAGUACUAAACGUUUGACUACUUUAAUACACAUAUAAGUGAAUUUGACAGAUAUCACCCUCUAUACAGAUAUCACCCUCCAGACAGAUAUCAGCCUCUAUACAGAUAUCACCCUCCAGACAGAUAUCAGCCUCUAUACAGAUAUCACCCUCCAGACAGAUAUCAGCCUCUAGACAGAUAUCACCCUCCAGACAGAAAUCACCCUCCAGACAGAAAUCACCCUCCAGACAGAUAUCACCCUCCAGACAGUUAUCACCCUCCAGACAGAUAGGCAUGACCACGCUUAGAUAAAAUUCUCUCUCUUACCAGGGCCAGGAUGUGUUGGCAGGGAAGGGGACCGGGACACACCCCUACUGCGCCCGCAUCAUCCGGGUUCUGGCGGCGAUGGCGGCCAGGGAGGGGAGGGAAAGCGCCCUUCAGUACUUUGACCUGACCCAUCCCCUGGCGGGGAUCAUGGUGCCCACGGUCCAGCGCUGGCCAGGCAGCGGGUUUUCCUUCCACGCCUGGCUCUGUCUCAACAUGGACUUCCCUCCAUUCCCCUCAGAGUUCUCCACCCCCAGCACACGCUCGUCUACUGGGGCACCAGGGGCGGCGACCCGGGGUAUGGGCAAAGGCCCCCGCAGGAAACAGCUGUACAGGUACCAGACUGGAGAGAUGGGGACACACCUAAGACCACACUACUGCUUGAUGUGUGCUGGCCCAAUGAGAGAGCCGGUGCUGGCCCAAUGAGAAUUAACAAACAAAAGCCCCCCCCACGUCUCUCAAGCACUUUAAUUCUACAACCACAAUAAACAAUGGUUUUCAAUAUGGGCCGUUUGAUUUUCAGGCAAUGUUGUUGAAGGUAGGUAGGACUGUUGUGGGGACUGUAUUACCGCCACACCGGCAGUCAUGAAUUAUGACCGCAGUAAUAUUCCACGUGACCGUUAAAUCACGGUAAUCUCCUUUUAUGCACUCUGGACAUGCUUUGAUAGUACCCAACUUGCUAACUACCAUCAGGUCCUAAUGGCCUGGUACUCAGGGCUCUAUUGUCCCUCUAACCACUCUGACAUCAAUGCAAAUGCAAUCGAAAAUCACAUCAAACAGUGACAGUAUCCUGCUUUUAAAACUCACCUCACUGUGAUGAUCCAUUUGAAGGAAGAAGUUCAACAGCAGGUUGAAACAGUGUAAAACAUGGUCGUUGUGGAUGUUGUUUCAAAGCCAAACACAAUGAAAUGGACAGCACUUUCUAAGGUGAUGAUUAAUUCAAAACACCCACACGCAUAUUAGAGCUUAUGCAUACGCUUAUGGACCCAAGCCUGAAAAAAAAUUCUAAAUUAAAAUGAUGGUUGUGCCUUAUACAAUACAUAGCUUACCACAUAUUCCACAUGGCAGAAAAACAUAAAACAAAACUUAUUUAAGAUGUCUUUGGUACAUAAUUGGUCUAGCCAAUGCUCCAAAAUUAAACAAAUUAGAGUAAUCACUUUUGAGUGUGGACUGUAUCAUUAUGCAUAGUGGAUAAACUGGUUACCUUAUGCUACGCUCCAAAAUAUCUAUCCACAAGUCUGGGAGGGAACGUAGAGCCCUAGGCGAUGCUGUUGGUUCAUUGAUUGUGCAGGGCGGCUUACAGUUGGCCUACAAUUAUAGUGAAUUUGUAUUUGAUUUUGAAUAGCCUAGUAAUGGGGGAUUAUUUAUAUUUUCAUAAUUAAUUGGGUGACAUUACCUUUACCUUUAGCUACAGAAUAUCUCACCACCAUGAUAUUUCAUCUCCUCCUCUCUCUCCUUUAUUCCUUUCUCGAGCGUGCAGAGGGGCUGUCAACAGUUUAAUGAAAUAUGUUUUGUUUGCGAAAACAUGUUACCAUCGAUGUUCCCAAAACAGAUUUCACUUGGUUUCCCAAAGUAAGCAUUGGGUAGCUGCAGGAACAGGGUUGGAGAGCCCAUGGCAUACAGAGUACUGGGUAGCUGCAGGAACAGGGUUGGAGAGCCCAUGGCAUACAGAGUUUGGGCGGAAUAUCAGCUGUCGCGCAGCGAGAGCAUGCUCCUCAAACAGUGGUUGAUGCAGGGAGUGAAAUAAGUGUUUAUUUCUGAGCUGCUCAUAUUAAACACAGCUCCGCUAUAAAACCGAAGUAGCCUACCAGGCAUCAUUGAAAAAUUGACUGGCGGGAAAGCGCUCGGCCUCCAUUCACUAUUAGAGUGCAUACAGAUAAUAAUAAUAAUAAUAAUAGUAAUAAUAAUAAUAGUCAUGUGUGCAUACAUUUUUUUGAAUGUAUGGGUGGUCCUGGGGAUCGAACCCACUACCCUGGCGUUACAAGCGCCAUGCUCUACCAAUUGAGCUACAGAGGACCACAAUGACAUGUAUUUUUCUCCCCAUUUGAUAAUGGGCCAUUCUAAAUCGAAACAAAUUGUACAUAUUAGUAAAGACGAGAUUAAAUUGAGAAUAGUCUGAUGGGUGAAAAUGAGAUCACUUGACGAGAGAACAGCUGUGCAGCCUGAGGCAAGUAACAGAGCGCAAGCUUUUUUUUGCGACUUUCUCAGAUCAUCAAUAGCCUAUAGUCGCAUCAUGCAGCCCGUAUAUGUUUUGAUUUCAAAGACAUUCUAAGGUUUGUAUCGUUCACAACUAAAGUUGCGAAAUAACUCUAAAUCUAGCGUAUAGGACCUGUUUCAAAUGAUCACUUUUACGCUCAACAUACUAACCAUAUACACACUCGCUCCGGAAUGGGAAAAAUAUCCUUUCUAGUUCAAUUAUAUUCUUCUUACUAUAAAAUCAUAAAAUAAUGGCACGGGACGUAUAAGCAUAUCUUGUCAGCUAAAUGAACAAGCCUAAAGCCUAUGGCAUGGAGCAAAGCCAGAUAACAUACAGUAGGCCAACUCAUAUUCUGUUCUUCUGAAAUACAUUUUCUUCAUAUAAUGUUUCUUUAGACCUGACUAAAAUAAAUAAUAUAUUUAUUUUGAUGGUGUCUAUCACAUUGAUUUAUUAUUAGAUGUUCCAAAGGCGUAUUAUGUUCAUUACCGGUCAAUUACCGUGAGACCGGCAGGCUUUGGCAUAACAAUAACUGGCUGGCAAAAUGUCAUGACCGCCACAGCCCUAGUUGAAGGAAAUAUGAUUCAAAUAUAUGACCGGCAGAGUAACUUAAUAUUGCUACCAGUCAUCAGUUGGAUCAAAUUAAAUUCCAUUCAGUAAACUUUACUGAUCCCCAAGGGGUGGUUAUUGAUGUGUUUCCUGUCUCCUUGGUGCUUAGCCUGUUGACAGCCAGUGGUACAGGUCUGGAGGCUUUCUUCACCUUGGAGGGAGUGCUGGUUGUGGCCGUCUGCACUAAGAAGGACUACAUGGCUGUGUCCCUUCCAGAACAGCCUCUAACAGACUGCUGCUGGGUAAGGUACACACAGAGAUAUAGGGACAGAAGAUGGGUACCUAAUUGCACCCUAUUCCCUAGACAAGGUCAAAUGUAGUGCACUAUAUAGAGAAUAGGGUGCAAUUAGUAUUUAUUAUGGAUCCCCGUUAGUUCCUGUCAAGGCAGCAGCUACUCUUCCUGGGGUUUAUUAUGGAUCCCCGUUAGUUCCUGCCAAGGCAGCAGCUACUCUUCCUGGGGUCGAGCAACAUUAAGACAGUUAUAUACAAUUUAAAAUAUUACAUGACAUUACAUUUCAUAACACUUUUCACAACACAUUAAGUGUGUUCCCUCAGGCCACUACUCCAUUUGGGACGCACGCAGAGACCGAGACACAGGCUCUCAAUACGGAGUUGUUUCCCCAUCUUAACUGACAGCCCUGAUGUAAGCUGUGAUCACCUAGCUAGCUGCUGUGCCAUCUGCUCACCACAGCUGUGUUGUAACUCUAAUGAAUUAUAAUUGUCAGGGACUGUUUAAUAAUGGAUGUUUAACUAGUACUUCAAGACACACUCAUGUUUCUAGAUUCUGGAGAAAGCACAAUACUAUAUUUUACCUGCAGUAUACUGAAUAAAGACUCUUUUUUCUCUCUCUCUCUCUCUCUCUCUCUCUCUCUCUCUCUCUCUCUCUCUCUCUCUCUCUCUCUCCCUCUCUUCUCCUCCCCACAGCACUCUGUGGACAUAGUCCACAUUCCCGGCCGCCGUCCCUUCGGUCAGAAUCUGGUCACCAUCUACAUCGAUGGAGAACAGUGCAAGAUAGCCCAACUCCGCUUCCCCUCGCUCAACGAGGUGAGAGACUGAGACAAUGGGGUGAAGGACAUUACUAAAUGUGGAAAGCAAAAUAUGGUUGGAAUAGGACAUAAUUUGGUUGGAGUAUGACAAAAUAUGGUUGGACUAGGACAUAAUAUGGUUGGAAUAGGACAUAAUAUGGUUGGAAUAGGACAAAAUAUGUCUGGAAUAGGACAUAGGUUGAGAGCAAAGUGCAAAAGACAGACAGAAAAUUAAAAGACAAUUGUUUACGAUUAUCAGUUCUCUCUUGUUAGAUAAAAAAAAAUGUUUUACAACUGUUCUGUGUUCAUGGUAACUGUUGAUGGGUCCAUUACUGCUACAUUAGCCAUCCUGGGUCCAUUAAUGCUGCAUUAGCCAUCCUGGGUCCAUUACUGCUGCAUUAGCCAUCCUGGGUCCAUUACUGCUGCAUUAGCUAUCCAGGGUCCAUUACUGCUGCAUUAGCCAUCCUGGGUCCAUUACUGCUGCAUUAGCCAUCCUGGGUCCAUUACUGCUGCAUUAGCCAUCCUCGGUCCAUUACUGCUGCAUUAGCCAUCCUGGGUCCAUUACUGCUGCAUUAGCCAUCCUGGGUCCAUUACUGCUGCAUUAGCCAUCCUCGGUCCAUUACUGCUGCAUUAGCCAUCCUGGGUCCAUUACUGCUGCAUUAGCCAUCCUGGGUCCAUUACUGCUGCAUUAGCCAUCCUCGGUCCAUUACUGCUGCAUUAGCUAUCCAGGGUCCAUUACUGCUGCAUUAGCCAUCCUGGGUCCAUUACUGCUGCAUUAGCCAUCCUCGGUCCAUUACUGCUGCAUUAGACUUUGACUUUAGACUGAUGACUUGAAAUGAUCUGGCCAGGUUUUGUAAUGUUUUGCCACUCAUUUUGUGCCACAGUCUACGUGGAUUACUCUACAGGCAGACCGAGACAGUAGCCGCAGCAUCACCCUUGCAAAACAAAAAACUGCAGCAGAUUGGCUAGUGAAAUGCACACUCAGCAUUCUGAUUGGACCAGCAGACUGUCAAUCAACACAAGUCGGUAUGAGCUAGCGAACAGAUGGCUGAUUGGCUGUACAGCUGUAGGAUCGGGUGCAGCGCAAACGUCACAUUGUAGAGAGAGAGGAUUGCCAUAAUGUGGUCCUCUGUAGCUCAGCUGGUAGAGCACGGCGCUUGUAACGCCAAGGUAGUGGGUUCGAUCCCCGGGACCACCCAUACACAAAAAUGUAUGCACGCAUAACUGUAAGUCGCUUUGGAUAAAAGCGUCUGCUAAAUGGCAUAUUAUUAUUAUUAUUAUUAUUAUAAUAAAUAAACAUGCAGCUCCAAAAAUUGUUUGGUGAUCAAGAAUAUUAACUGUUGACUUUGCAAGCUCACCAGCAAUGGGGCAUCAAUUACUAGCAUAGGCCUACUGGUCUUCUGGUAGGUAACAAUAGCUGGACAUUUAUAAUUUACUUAUAAAGCUUGCAUUUGGAAUGUGUUGUUAAAAUGAAUUAUUACUGUGGCGAAGACGCACCAUAGGAGUGGAGAGGGCUUUUUUUUCCUCUUGUUGGUACAUCUACUUGUAUAUUUUUGAAUGAUAUGGCGCUUUCACCAUUGGAUCACCAAGACCUGUAAAUAAAUCUACACACUGAGCACGUCAACCUGCCUUGCCUUCUGCUGGUUUCAUGCCCUUAUGACUGCUACAAGGUCCAUAUUUUACAGUUACAUAGGGUAAUAAAGAUAUGUUGUAGACUAAAUAAUGAAAAGGUCAGUCUGGUAGCCUCAAUAAAUAGACAAAAAUGUGUAGUUGGAACAAGCUGUUGCAUGUAUAUUUUUUGUUUUUACUUGACUUGCUCUUAGAAUGCACGACUUGGACUUGACUCGAGUCUUGACCCAUUCAGACCUUGUGACUUGAGACUUGCUUGUGACUCCAAUAAUAGUGACUUGGUCCCACCUCUGGUUUCAGAACCAUGACAAAUAGCUGUAGAAUGGGUCUGACUGGGUAGAUAACUAACAGAAACACUAUUAUCUUAUGUCUAACUUUCUCCACCCUCCCUCCCUCCCUCACUCCCUCCCUACUCCCUCCCUCCCUACUCCCUCCCUCCCUAUUCACUCCCUCCUUACUCCCUCCUUCCAUACUCCCUCCCUCCUUACUCCCUCCAACCCUAUUCACUCCCUACUCCCUCCCUCCCUCCCUACUCCCUCCCUCCCUCCCUCCUCCCUCCCCCUGUAGCCUUUCACCUCCUGUUGCAUUGGCUCAGCAGGCCACCGCACCACCACCACCACCACGUCGCCCACCCUGCCUCCCCCCUCCCUCCCCCCGGCAGAGAUGGCCUUCCCCGCCCACGCCCCCCCCAUCACCCGCUCCCAGUCCUUCCCAGCCUCCUUUGCGGCAGGCCGCUGGGGGCCUGGGCCCGGGCCUCUGCAUGACGCUCUCGUCCACACCAUCCCAGCCGGGCUGCAGGACACGGAGUGGGGCACGCCCACCUCACUGGACGGGCUCCUGGGGACCGCCUUCAUCUGUCAUGAGGCCCUGCAGCCAGCGCACACCAAGGCCCUACACACUGCUGGUACAUAUAAACACACACACCAAGGCCCUAUACACUGCUGGUACAUAUAAACACACACACCAAGGCCUUAUACACUGCUGGUACAUAUAAACACACACACCAAGGCCCUAUACACUGCUGGUACAUAUAAACACACACACCAAGGCCUUAUACACUGCUGGUACAUAUAAACACACACACCAAGGCCCUAUACACUGCUGGUACAUAUAAACACACACACCAAGGCCUUAGACACUGCUGGUACAUAGACACACACACCAAGGCCUUAUACACUGCUGGUAGGAUUAGGAUUUACUUUAUUGUCCCGAGGGGUAAUUGGUCUGCUUUUUAUAAGAACCCCCCUUCCCACCCACACAAGGCUGUGACUUGGUGGUCAGUUCCACAUGAUUUAAGGCCUACUGGCCAGAAUCCAGUUGUUGUCUUCUACCUCUGUCUCCCUACUAGUUAGUCCUUUUAUUUACAGGGACAAAGCAUUGUAUACAGUAACACCCAACACUGGCCACACACACUAGGGCCCUAUAUUCUGCAGGUAUGUACACACACCCAACACACUAUAUAUAGUAACCUUGUAACCCUCCCUCCCUCCCAGGCCCCAACCAUGUGUCCCUGUUCAAGGCGGAUGGAGAGCUGUCAGACCUCAACAGUAAACUGCUUCUCUACUACACUCCUCAGGUGGGUGGCUCACAAACAGGCUCCUCCCAGACACAGGCUCCUCCCAGACACAGGCUCCUCCCAGACACAGGCUCCUCUCAGAAACGGGCUCCUCUCACAGGCUCAAAAGCAGCUUACUGCAAGUAGUGUACUUCAGAAAUGGGAAAAAGUCAACAUUUAUGGACUGAAUACCUUGUGGUCAAAAGCAGCCUACAUCAGUGUAAUCCAGUCACAUCAAGUAGUAACACUGUAGUAACAACGGGUAGUAACGCUGUAGUAACAACAGCUAGUAAUGCUGUAGUAACAACCGGUAGUAACGCUGUAGUAACAACAGGUAGUAACGCUGUAGUAACAACAGGUAGUAACGCUGUACUAACAGGUUGUAACGCUGUAGUAACAACAGGUAGUAACGCUGAAGUAACAACAGGUAGUAACGCUGUAGUAACAGCAGGUAGUCACGCUGUAGUAACAGCAGAUGGUCACGCUGUAGUAACAACAGGUGGUCACGCUGUAGUAACAACAGGUGGUCACGCUGUAGUAACAACAGGUGGUCACGCUGUAGUAACAACAGGUGGUCACGCUGUAGUAACAACAGGUGGUCACGCUGUAGUAACAACAGGUGGUCACGCUGUAGUAACAACAGGUGGUCACGCUGUAGUAACAACAGGUGGUCACGCUGUAGUAACAACAGGUGGUCACGCUGUAGUAACAGGUGGUCACGCUGUAGUAACAACAGGUGGUCACGCUGUAGUAACAACAGGUGGUCACGCUGUAGUAACAACAGGUAGUAACGCUGUAGUCACACUAUAGUAACAACAGGUAGUAACGCUGUACUAACAGGUAGUAACACUGUACUAACAGGUAGUAACGCUGUACUAACAGGUAGUAACGCUGUACUAACAGGUAGUAACGCUGUACUAACAGGUAGUAACAACAGCUAGUAACGCUGUAGUAACGCUGUAGUAACAACAGGUUGUAACAUGUAGUUACAACAGGUAGUAACGCUGUAGUAACAACAGGUAGUCACACUAUAGUAACAGGUAGUAACGCUGUAGUAACAACAGGUAGUCAUCCUGUAGUAACAACAUGUAGUAACGCUGUAGUAAUCCUGUAGUAACAGCAUAUAGUAAUGCUGUAGUAACAACAGGUAGUAACGCUGUAGUAACAACAGGUAGUCACGCUAUAGUAACAGGUAGUAACGCUGUAGUAACAACAGGUAGUAAUCCUGUAGUAACAACAUGUAUUAACACUGUAGUAAUACUGUAGUAACAACAUGUAGUAAUGCUGUAGUAACAACAUGUAGUAAUGCUGUAGUAACAACAUGUAGUAAUGCUGUAGUAACAUGUAGUAAUGCUGUAGUAACAACAUGUAGUAACGCUGUAGUAACAACAGGUCGUAACGCUGUAGUAACAACAGGUCGUAACGCUGUAGUAACAACAGGUAGUAACACUGUACUAACAACAGGUAGUAACAAUGUCAUUAAAACACGUGUAUUUUGUCUCAGGCCUUCAAGAGUCAGAUCUGUGUGGACCUGUCUCCUAACCUCCAGUAUGAUGGCAGACUGACAGGCCACAGGGUGGUGAACAGGGACAUCAAGGUGUGUUGAUCCUCAUUCUCCAACAGUUGCUACUGUCUUUGUUAACCAAGAGCUCAGUAAACUAGUUUGACCUGGGUCUUACAACAUCACUGUGCCUUGAGUGACAAGACUUUGAGUGACUGUGUGUGUGUGUGGUGUGUGUGUGUAUCCCUGUAGGAUGUGUUGAACACGGUGGGGGGCAUGGGGGUGCUGCUGCCCCUCCUGGAACAGGUGUGUGAGGCAGAGCAGGCGGAGGGAGGAGGUCAGGAGACAUCAGACCUGCUGGGACCAGAACUAACCUCUAGCUCCUCCCGGGGGCCUGUCGACAUGCUGCUGCCACUGGGCAGGUCCUCCGGUCAGUAGCCUGUACAGUGUGUGUACUCCUGUAUGUGUGUGCUGGAGACAAUAGAGAGACAGAUAUUAUACUGUAUUAUAACUGGGUAGUUUGAUUCCAGGAUGUUGAUUGGCGGAAACAGCAUUGCAGCCGUGUGUAUAUCAGACAAUCAUAACCACAGGUAUACUUGUUUACUGCUCUAAUUACCUUGGUACCCAGUUUAUAAUAGCAAUAAGGCACCUCUGGGGUUUCUGGUAUAUGGCCAAUAUACCAUGGCUAAGGGCUGUAUCCAGGCUGUACUCCGCUUUGGGUUGUGCCUAAGAACAGCCCUUAGCUGUGGUAUAUUGGCCAUAUACCACAAACCCCCGGGGUGCCUUAUUGCUAUUAUAAACUGGUUACCAACAUAAUUAGAGCAGGAAAUGUUUUGUCAUACCACGGCUUUCAGCCAAUCAGCAUUCAGGGCUCGAACCACCCAGUUUAUAAUGGCCAAUAUAUACAAAAGUAUGUGGACACCCCUUCAAAUUAGUGGAUUCGGCUAUUUCAGUAUAAAAUCGAGCACACAGCCAUGCAAUCUCCAUAGACAAAUAUUGGCAGUAGAAUGGCCUUACCGAAGAGCUCAGUGACUUUCAACAUGACACUGUCAUAGGAUGCCACCUUUCCAACAAGUCAGUUCGUCAAAUUUCAGCCCUAUUGUGAAGUGGAAACGUCUAAGAGCAACAACGGCUCAGCCGCGAAGUGGUUGGCCACACAAGCUCACACAACGGGACCACCGAGAGCUGAAGCGCGUAGCACGUAAAAAUUGUCUGUCCUCGGUUGAAACACUCACUACUGAGUUCCAAACUGCCUCUGGAAGCAACGUCAGCACAAUAACUGUUCGUCGGGAGCUUCAUGAAAUGGGUUUCCAAGGCCGAGCAGCCGCACACAAGCCUAAAAUCACCAUGCGCAAUGCCAAGCGCCGGCUGGAGUGGUGUAAAGCUCGCCGCCAUUGGACUCUGGAGCAGUGGAAACGUGUUCUCUGGAGUGAUUUUUUUUUUUUUUUUUUUUUUUUCACCUUUAUUUAACCAGGUAAGCCAGUUGAGAACAGGUUCUCAUUUACAACUGCGACCUGGCCAAGAUAAAGCAAAGCAGUGCAAUAAAAACAACACAGAGUUACAUAUGGGGUAAAAAAACAUAAAGUCAAAAAUACAACAGAAAAUAUAUAUACAGUGUGUGCAAAUGUAGCAAGUUAUGGAGGUAAGGCAAUAAAUAGGCUAUAGUGCAGAAUAAUUACAAUAGUAUUAACACUGGAAUGCUAGAUGUGCAAGAGAUUAUGUGCAAAUAGAGAUACUGGGGUGCAAAAGAGCAAAAUAAAUAACAAUAUGGGGAUGAGGUAGUUGGGUGGGCUAAUUUCAGAUGGGCUGUGUACAGGUGCAGUGAUCGGUAAGGUGCUCUGACAACUGAUGCUUAAAGUUAUUGAGGGAGAUAAGAGUCUCCAGCUUCAGAGAUUUUUGCAAUUCGUUCCAGUCAUUGGCAGCAGAGAACUGGAAGGAAUGGCGGCCAAAGGAGGUGUUGGCUUUGGGAAUGACCAGUGAGAUAUACCUGCUGGAGCGCAGACUACGGGUGGGUGCUGCUAUGGUGACCAAUGAGCUAAGAUAAGGCGGGGAUUUGCCUAGCAGUGAUUUAUAGAUGGCCUGGAGCCAGUGGGUUUGACGACGAACAUGUAGUGAGGACCAGCCAACAAGAGCGUACAGGUCACAGUGGUGGGUAGUGAAUGGGGCUUUGGAGACAAAACGGAUGGCACUGUGAUAGACUACAUCCAAUUUGCUGAGUAGAGUGUUGGAGGCUAUUUUGUAAAUGACAUCGCCGAAGUCAAGGAUCGGUAGGAUAGUCAGUUUUACGAGGGCAUGUUUGGCAGCAUGAGUGAAGGAGGCUUUGUUGCGAAAUAGGAAGCCGAUUCUAGAUUUAACUUUGGAUUGGAGAUUCUUUAUGUGAGUCUGGAAGUUGAGUUUACAGUCUAACCAGACACCUAGGUAUUUGUAGUUGUCCACAUACUCUAGGUCAGACCCGUCGAGAGUGGUGAUUCUAGUCGGGUGGGCGGGUGCCAGCAGCGUUCGAUUGAAAAGCAUGCAUUUAGUUUUACUAGUGUUUAAGAGCAGUUGGAGGCUACUGAAGGAUUGUUGUAUGGCAUUGAAGCUCGUUUGGAGGUUUGUUAACACAGUGUCCAAUGAAGGGCCAGAUGUAUACAAAAUGGUGUCGUCUGCGUAGAGGUGGAUCUGAGAGUCACCAGCAGCAAGAGCGACAUCAUUGAUAUACACGGAGAAAAGUGUCGGCCCAAGAAUUGAACCCUGUGGCACCCCCAUAGAGACUGCCAUAGGUCCAGACAACAGGCCCUCCGAUUUGACACACUGAACUCUAUCUGAGAAGUAGUUGGUGAACCAGGCGAGGCAGUCAUUUGAGAAACCAAGGCUAUUUAGUCUGCCAAUAAGAAUGCGGUGGUUGACAGAGUCGAAAGCCUUGGCCAGGUCGAUGAAGACGGCUGCACAGUACUGUCUAUUAUCAAUCGCGGUUAUAAUAUCGUUUAGGACCUUGAGCGUGGCUGAAGUGCACCCGUGACCAGCUCGGAAACCGGAUUGCAUAGCGGAGAAGGUACGGUGGUAUUCGAAAUGGUCGGUGAUCUGUUUGUUAACUUGGCUUUCAAAUACUUUCGAAAGGCAGGGCAGGAUGGAUAUAGGUCUGUAGCAGUUUGGAUCUAGAGUGUCUCCCCCUUUGAAGAGGGGGAUGACCGCGGCAGCUUUCCAAUCUCUGGGGAUCUCAGAAGUUAUGAAAGAGAGGUUGAACAGACUAGUAAUAGGGGUUGCGACAAUUUCGGCGGCUAGUUUUAGAAAGAAAGGGUCCAGAUUGUCUAGCCCAGCUGAUUUGUAGGGGUCCAGAUUUUGCAGCGCUUUCAAAACAUCAGCUGUCUGAAUUUGUGUGAAGGAGAAGCGGGGGGGGGCUGUGAUGAAUCACGCUUCACCAUCUGGCAGUCCCACGCACGUAUCUGGGUUUGGCGGAUGCCAGGAGAACGCUAGUGACAACUGUAAAGUUUGGUGGAGGAGGAAUAAUGGUCUGUGCUGUUUUUCAUGGUUCGGGCCAGGCCACUUAGUUCCAGUGAAGGGAAAUCUUAACGCUACAGCAUACAAUGACAUUCUAGACGAUUCUGUGCUUCCAACUUUAUGGCAACCGUUUGGGGAAUGCCCUUUCCUGUUUCAGCAUGACAAUGCCCCCGUGCACAAAGCGAGGUCCAUACAGAAAUGGUUUGUCGAGAUCGGUGGGGAAGAACUUGACUGGCCUGCACAGAGCCCUGACCUCAACCCCAUCGAACACCUUUGGGAUGAAUUGGAACGUUGACUGCGAGCCAGGCCUAAUCGCCCAACAUCAGUGCCCGACCUCACUAAUGUUCUUGUGGCUGAAUGGAAACAGGGUUCCAACAUCUAGUGGAAAGCUUUCCCAGAAGAUUGAAGGCUGUUAUAGCAGCAAAGGGGGGACCAACUCCAUAUUAAUGCCCAUGAUUUUGUAAUGAGAUGUUCGACGAGCAGGUGUCCACAUACUUUUGGUAAUGUAGUGUUCCACAUCCCCUCGGGCAUUAUUGCUUAAUUAACAUCCUUUACAAGGUCAGUGGGUGUUGAAGCACAAUGUUACUGGGAAUACUGUCUGAACUCAAUAGUUUGGACAUGGGUGGGACAUUUUCAUUGUGGAAAUGGUGCUCCGUGAAUGAACACUGAUGAAGCGGUAUCGUACUCAAUAGCCUUAUUUUACAUAAUUGAACUUUGUGUGUGUGUGUCAGAUGGUCGGCUGGAGAGGAACAGUGUAGCAGCCUUCCUGCUGAUGGUGAAGAAUCUGAUUCGUCAUCACCCUGCCAACCAGGAGAGCCUACUGAACUGCCACGGACCCAGCAUUAUAGGAGCCAUGCUCACUAAGGUACUGGCCCAUUCUAGGAGCCAUGCUCACUAUGGUACUGGCCCAUUACAGGAGCCAUGCUCACUAAGGUACUGUCCCAUUACAGGAGCCAUGCUCACUAAGGUACUGUCCCAUUACAGGAGCCAUGCUCACUAAGGUAUUAUCCCAUUACAGGAGCCAUGCUCACUAAGGUAUUAUCCCAUUACAGGAGCCAUGCUCACUAAGGUACUGGCCCAUUACAGGAGCCAUGCUCACUAAGAUACUGUCCCAUUAUAGGAGCCAUGCUCACUAAGGUACUGGCCCAUUCUAGGAGCCAUGUUCACUAAGGUACUGGCCCAUUACAGCAGCUAAAACCUGGGUCACGUUAUUGUGUGUAGUGGCUAAUGUACAGACCAGAGCCAUCAUCAUCCUACAGUACUGUAGUGGCUAAUGUACAGACCAGAACUAUCAUCAUCCUACAGUACUGUAGUGGCUAAUGUACAGACCAGAGCUAUCAUCAGUAGGACAGAUGAUACAGUACAAACACACCUCGGUACCUCUGAUUCUCCCUACAGUAGGACAGAUACAGUACAAACACACCUUGGUACCUCUGAUUCUCCCUACAGUAGGACAGAUACAGUACAAACACACCUUGGUACCUCUGAUUCUCCCUACAGUAGGACAGAUACAGUACAAACACACCUUGGUACCUCUGAUUCUCCCUACAGUAGGACAGAUACAGUACAAACACACCUCGGUACCUCUGAUUCUCCACACAGUAGGACAGAUACAGUACAAACACACCUCGGUACCUCUGAUUCUCCCUACAGUAGGACAGAUACAGUACAAACACACCUUGGUACCUCUGAUUCUCCCUACAGUAGGACAGAUACAGUACAAACACUUCUACAUCUUGUAAAACUCUUGUCGUGUUACAUGGAGCAUGUUAUGCGAAGCAAUUUUUUAGAAAGCAGAGAAAAUACAAUCUCAUCUCCUCUACCCAACUCUCUCCCUCCCCCAUCUGUCUCUCCCUCCCCCAGGUCCCAGGCUGUAUGAUUGAUAUGUCUGUGCUGAUGGCGUGUCAGUUCCUGUUGGAGCAGGUCUCCAGUGAGGAGAACAGUCCAUUGCUCCUGCAGCUCUACCAGCACCUGUUGUUCGACUUCCGCAUCUGGAGCAGCAGCCACUUCGCUGUGUGUCUGGGUAAGAGCAGUCAGGCACUGGUAGCCAGUUGUGUAGGCCUUUGA